CACUGAUAAAAUUGAAGUGCGAUUAAAUUUAAAAGUUAUCAGAAUAUUCUAUAUUAAUCGCAAGGAAUCUCGAUAACAUAAUUAAUUCGUACAAUAGCUGUAUGUAAAUGCCGGCAACGAACUUCAUUUGCGAAGUGAACGUGCAGCCGCCGGACUAAAAGUGCUCGUCCUGCGUAAGGAUCAGUGAAAGUCGUCGCCGAUCGAAAGUCAAGAAAUUUAUAAUUCAUGAAACUUGGAUACUCGUAGAAUACCCGUAGAAUAUCGGCCGCUCGUUUUCCUUAUUGUAUCAUCAAAGGUUAAUUUCAUGCCGCGUAAGCUUAUUCGCCGCGCGACAAAAUUGCGUGCAAAUUAUGCGAUUAAUAACUGUCCGUUGUUGCAUGCUGUCGGGAAAUCUAUCUUUUAUUAUGCACAGUAACGCGCGUACAGAUUGAAUGUAUUCCGUAAUUCUGGCCGUAAAUUAGUGGGCUUAAAAAUUAUUGGAAUCUCGAUGAAAGCUUCGUUGAGCUGCGGAAUCUGCAGAGUCAGAGAAUUGAAAUGGGAGCAAAAGUUUAUUGCAGAGAAAUGAAAUUACGUAGAAUGAAAUGUAUGUAAAAAAUAUACAGGAUGUUCUCAUUCUCGUGCAUUAUUUGUGACAGCCUCUUUAAUCAAUCUGAAUGUUUUUCUUAGGCAAAAAUGUCAAAGCAAGUCAUCACAAUUGCAGCACUUUUUCGAUUUCUAGCAUCAGGUAUCUUUAAGCUCUGAAUUAAACAUAUUAAAAUAAAUUUAAUUUAAAAGAAAAAGCUGUUUUGGUAUUUAUUUAGCUUCUUAAAUUUUCAUUUGUGAAAACAUCUUUUCUUCGUUUACUUCAUUUAUAACUCGCAAAAAUUACGCUGUCUCGAAACUUUUGUUAAGAACAAAUAAUCUCUAAAGUGAAAAGAAUUUAUCGUUAAAAAUAAAGUAUGCGAAAAGGGAAAUAAUUUUCUCUCUAUAAAUAUAUGUAUUUAUGAAAUAAAAUGUGAUGUACUGUCGAUGACACAUUGUAGUCGUUUUAUUUUACGAAUAAAACGACGCGUGUAUUUUAAAUAAUAUAUUGCCGUUAUUUUAUUUCACAAACGAAACGACGACAAUAUCAAAUAUUGAUCAGAUUUAUGACCGAUUCAUGGGACUGUAAUACCAAGUAGCAAUAAAACCGGAGAAAUUUUCAAUCCGCGCGCAAAACGGGACUUGUAAAACCAGAGAGAUUGUAAAAAUUAAUAAAUCCCGAUCGAGUUUUUAAUUCGCGCGUUAAAGCCAUAUGUUUACAACCCUGCGCUGGAAAUUUCCAAACUUUCACGCGGCGCGUUGUAUUUGUCUUUUAAUGCGAUAACGUUAGAUUUGUUUGCGUUACAUGCGCUUUCUACAUCGUGCGUUGAAACAGGACGAUUACGAUAGGUCUUCGGCAAGACACGAGAGGAAAAAAAGGCAAGGACGAAACGUUCAUAGAAAGUACUCGCGAACGCGGAGCAGAGCAUCCGACGUUACAUUAGUGCGCUUGUGCGAAUUGAUGCGUCGACCGGCGACGUCAGCUUCCCAGUUGCAUCCCAAUCGCUAAUCCUUAUGUGAACGAUACUUUACUUUCACCGGUUGUAACGCCGUAAUCCCUUCCUUUUUUUUUCCUCGCCUCUUACCACCGCCGCGUGUGACGACACCGCGUGGUCGAUUAUCCAUCUGCCGUAAUCGCGCGGUAUCGCGUGCGAAGCGAAAUGGGGUUGCGACCCGACGUGAUCCACGAGUGGCCAUAUCGUGCAGCCACUCGAAGAACAUGAGCGUAGUAUUUCGCACGUGCAAACGACCGGAUAAACGGACCGUGUUGUGCAAUAUGAAACUGAAGGACAAUUUAGACGCGUUAACGUCAAGCUCCAUCAUCUCCGGACUGUUCAUAACCACAAUGAUGAAAACGAGAAAUGGAGAGAGACAGCCUCGAAUAGAACAACUACUCUCGAACGAGUAUCAACGAAUUUGGUGGCAAGAGAAAACAGCUUGGGAUAAAACCGUAAUUGCCAAAAAAGUUGCGAGCAAAAAGAUAUUACCUCGUAAGCUGAUUAAGAAGAAAGUACCGACAUGUGUGACCGUUAAAUAUCCAACAAGAGAGGAGCGACUUUCGAAAGAAAAAAUGAGAGAAGUUAAAAAGAAAUCUAACGAGAAUUCUAGCACCGAGGAAACAACAUUUGUAAAACAUAGUAAUAUGAAAUUUAAGAAACGUGAAGAAAUAAAAUUAGAAGAUUGCGAAGAAACGAAAUUGUUAAAGCAGAAAGACACAAAUUCAAAAAAUUAUGAAGAAAUAAAAUCAGAGGAACAGGAAAAACCAAACUCGGAAAAUCAUGAAGAAACAAAAUCAGAAAAUUUGGAGGAAACGAACCAGGCAGAAGGCGAAGAAACAAAAUCAGAUCAAAUCAAAGAAAUAAAAUCAGAAGAAUACGAAAAAACAAAAGUAGAAAAAUAUAAAGAAACAAAAUCUGAACAAUGUGAAGAAACAAAAUCAAAACAAAUCGAAGAAGUAAAAUCAGAAAGACACGAAGAAACAAAAUCGAAAAAAUGUGAGGAAACGAAAUCAGGACAAGGUGAAGAAACAAAAUUAGAAAAAUGCGAAGAAGCAAAAUCAGAAAUAAACGAAGAAACGAAAUCAGAAAAAAGUAAAGAUACAAAGUCGCAAAAAUAUGUGGAAGCAAAAUUAGAAGAACGCGAAGAAACACAAUUAGAAAAAUAAAGACAAAACAAGCUACAAGAAAAAAGUAUAUAAAAUUUACUAAAAAUUACAAAAUUAGAAAAUAACUAAUAAAUAAUUGAAUUACACUAUAUCUUGUUUAAUAUGAUGAAUAAAAAAGUUGAAACUAA